GACGUUUCUCAUAAAUUCUCCCAUUUUGAUCAAACGCGAAUUCCAUAAAUUUAUCCCCUCAAACCCUAACCUUAAUCCCAGAUCCGUCGAAAUCAUGGGGAACGCAGAGAAAUUGAUGAAUCAGAUCAUGGAGCUCAAGUUCACGUCCAAGAGUCUCCAACGCCAGGCCCGGAAGUGCGAGAAAGAGGAGAAAUCCGAGAAGCUCAAGGUCAAGAAGGCAAUCGAGAAGGGAAACAUGGACGGCGCUCGAAUCUACGCCGAGAACGCCAUCAGGAAGCGCAGCGAGCAGAUGAACUACCUCCGCCUCGCUUCCCGGCUCGACGCCGUCGUGGCUCGGCUCGACACCCAGGCGAAGAUGACCACCAUCAGCAAGUCAAUGGGCAACAUCGUCAAAUCGCUCGAGUCAACCCUCGCCACCGGGAAUCUCCAGAAGAUGUCCGAGACGAUGGACCAGUUCGAGAGGCAGUUUGUGAAUAUGGAGGUCCAGGCCGAGUUCAUGGAGAGCUCCAUGGCUGGGAGCACUUCGCUUUCCACCCCGGAGGACCAGGUCAACAGCCUUAUGCAACAGGUCGCCGAUGACUAUGGCCUCGAGGUUUCUGUUGGGCUUCCACAGCCGGCUGCUCAUGCCGUCCCAACCAACACCGAGAAGGUCGACGAGGACGACCUUUCCAGGCGCCUUGCCGAGCUCAAGGCCCGUGGGUAAACAAAAUUCUGUGAAUUUUUUUUAAAAAAUUGUGCUUAUAGCACCGCAGAUCGGCAAAAAUAUUGAUAUAAUGUGAUUGUGUAUUGUGUGAAUUUCUACUUAUCUAUUCUGCCUACAUAUGUUUGAGUGUAUUUAACUUAACACUGAUAUCCUGGAGUCAAUUGCCUUUUAUAUUAUAAGGCUUACAUUA